CAUUCUCACUUCUUCUUUCUUCUUCUUCUUCUUCUUCUUCUUCUUCUUCAAUUUCAAUUUUUCAAUUUCAAUUUUCACGAUUUGACGUAAUGGCGAAAGGUGGAAAACUAAUGAGGCUGAAAUCAGUGCUGAAGAAAUGGAACUCAUUCGGCAACGGCAGGCAGAGCCGCCACAGCACCAGCGCCGUCGCCGACGACGAGUCCUCCACCAGAUCGGAUCUCCACGCCGUCUACGUCGGCAAGUCCCGCCGCCUCUACCGUGUCUCCUCCGGCGUCCUCGACAACCCCGUCUUCCGGGAACUCGUGGAGAGGUCCCGCGACGACUCCGACCACCAAGACGACACCAUCAAUGUCGCAUGCGAGGUUGUCCUCUUCGAACACCUGCUCUGGAUGCUCGACAACGCCGACCCACAACCCGAGUCUCUCAACGAACUCGUCGACUUCUACGCCUGCUAAGCCAAAUGCUAAUGCCACAUUAAAAAAAUCGAAAAGAAACAAGGAACGUAUAAUGUUAUGUUUUGUAUCUACACAUAUAUAAUACUUGCGUCGUCCAUUCGUGACUGUAAUUUGAUUAGUUGUAAUAACUAACAUUCAUCCAUAGAUAUGUUGUCAAUAAUUUAAGUAA